GAGAGAGAGAGAGAGAGAGAGAGAGAGAGAGAGUCUCUGUCUCUCUCUGCUGCAGUUAGCACUAUCCAAACCACACUGAGAGCUGGAGCGCGCGGACCCGUUGCUUUGCUUCUGACCGUGGUACCCCCGUCGUUUCCCUUGCUCUCCUACCCCUCCUUUUCUGCUUUCCUUCCCUUGAGAGCUUCUUUUCCCCGCGAACAUCCUCUCUCACUUUCAAUUUUAAUAGAUCUCGGAGAAAGAUAGAAGUGACGCAUCCCUGAUCUCCUUCACAGUGGUCGUUCUCGCGGACGCUCUUUUUCUCACUGGAACUGGAUUUUUGAAGCGACGUGGACGCGUGGAUGAUACACCGGGGCGAGAACUGGAGAUGGAGUUGCUCGUGAUCAGCCUCUCCUUAUGGAUCCUGCAGUGCCGCUCAGCUCGCGCGGACUCCAUUAUUCACAUCGGAGCUAUUUUUGAACAGAACGCCAUACGGGACGACGAGGUUUUUCAGCUUGCCAUUUCAGACCUGAGUUUGAAUGAUGACGUCCUCCAGAGUGAGAGGAUUACACAUUCUAUCAAACUUAUCGAGCCCAACAACCCCUUCCAGGCGGUACAGGAAGCCUGUGAACUCAUGAAUCAGGGGAUACUGGCUUUGGUGUCAUCAACGGGAUGUGCUGCAGCUAAUGCACUACAAUCUCUUACGGAUGCCAUGCACAUUCCUCACCUUUUCAUUCAGAGGAAUGGAGACGGCACACCCCGUGCUGAGUGCCAGCUCAAUCCCAGCCCCGAUGGAGAGCGCUACACGUUGGCUGCACGCCCUCCUGUUCGUCUGAAUGAUGUCAUGAUCACGCUCGUCUCUGAACUCCAUUGGCACAAGUUCAUCGUUUUCUAUGACAGCGAGUAUGAUGUGCGGGGACUGCGUGGGUUUCUGGACCAGGCUUCUCGAAUAGGUUUGGAUGUGUCUCUACAGCAGGUUGACCGGAAUGUGACCAAGGUGUUUUCCACUCUGUUCAGCACAAUGAGAAUGGAGGAGCUGAACCGUUACCGGGACACUCUCAGAAGGGCCAUCCUGCUGCUCAGUCCUCGCACUGCCCAGGUCUUCAUACACCAGGCUCUCUAUGUCAUUGCCCAAGCCAUUGCCACUGCUGUCCAUUAG